AGAGGGAGAGCGAGUAGUAGUUGGGAUGGUGCGAAAUUAUUGAUAUUAAUUUCCAUAUUCCUGAACCUACGAAGAGCACGAUGUUUUCCAGUGCUCACUCGCCCCUUGUUCAGCAUAAUUCUUGAAAAAACCGAAACACGCCGCAACUGCCGUAUCAGUCGCAAGACGCAUGCUAUGUAUGGCAGCCUUUAUGGAUUUUGGCAUCGCGCGCUCGUGUAGACAUGGCUUAAUAAUCACUGCCGCGGCUAUUCUACGAAUCUUGGUUUCCUCCAUGUAAAAAAUCACAUAAACAACGUUUAAUAAAAUCCUUAAAAUUCCUUAAAAAGAAACACAUUUUCCCGGCGAAAUGGACGGUAAUUGUAAAUUGUGUUUAAACGAUGAAGAAGCUCCGAAAUGUACAUUCAAAUAUAAUGAACAAGAGCAGCCAAUUGCUAGCGAUAUCGACUGGAAAGAGAUGAUACAGCGUUACCUGCAGAUUGAUAUGCUUGAAAACAUAGAUAAUCUACAACAGGAUUGCCCGAUCUGUUCGAACUGCUCUCGAAUAUUGGUUAUGUGGCACCGAUUCUACAAAACAUGUCACAAGAAUCUCACACUUUACGUAGAAGUAUUAACUGAACAUGACGAAGAGUGCGAAAAUUUUUACUACGAUACAAAAGAGGACAAAAGUGAAACUGUAGCUGCUUCGGAAAAUUGUCCAUUCGAAAUAGAAUACGACGGGCAGCAUGUCAUCGUAAAAGGUGAGCCUGAAGAAGAAAUCGACUGCAAUUUUACGAUAGAGGAAGUCAGUGAGCGCGUAGUUCCAAAAACUAAAAGCAUUUCUGAUAAAAAGCAAACGGAAGGUAAACCCAAAGGUGCCCAGCGAGGAAACCAUUCCCAGAGAAGCCAGAUGCGAAACAUAUGUGCAAUUUGUGGCCAAAUUCGGGUGAACAUGGAAGAGCAUCUGCGUACCCAUAGAAAUGAAAGACGCUACAAGUGCCCUUACUGUCCCAAAAGCUUCGUUAGCCAAUCGAACUGCAACAGCCACAAAAAUAUUCACACACGAGCCAAACUCUACAAAUGCGAUAUAUGCGACAAGGAAUAUCCGAUGUUGAACGGUCUGAAGCAGCAUAAAGCAACACACCAAAAGGAUCGCACGUACCUCUGUUCGAUUUGUGGGAAAUCAUACUAUCAACCGACGGGACUUGCACGCCACAAGCGUACUCAUACGGAAGAACGAAACUUUAAGUGCGACAGCUGCGACAAAAGAUUCUUCACGAAUUGUGACUUGCGGAAACACGCAGUAAUUCAUUCAAACAAGAAGCCCUACAGUUGCGAGAUGUGCGAGAAAUCCUUCAAUCGUAGUGAUAACCUGCGGACUCACAUGAAGAAACAUUCCCGUCGAAGCGAAUGGAGUAGAUUUCACAGUUUCAGCGGCACAGAUAGAAGAAAAGCACUUAGGAUGUACGAAGUUUGUCGUCUUUGCGCAAAGGUUCCCGAUGCUUUUGUACUGGUUCGUGAAAGCAGAAUAUUCUCUGCCCUGACGAACAAGGAAGUGUGUCUCGAUGAGCUUAUUGAACAGUACCUCUCCAUAAGCAAACAAUCGCUUAUGGACGAUUCAUCCAUUUGCGGCGUCUGCUGGACCGCGAUUGAACAGUGGCACAACUUUCGAGAGGGUUGCUUACAGAACGAGGAACGGUUAAAAAGUCUGCAUACAAACAUCGAAAACGAUGUCCUUUGUGGCAAAGAGUAUAACUUUGCUAUUGAGUAUGUCGAUGACGAGAGUUCACUGUGCGAAGAUAAGCCGCCAGAGGAAACGCAUUACGAAGAGGUACAUGAAAUCGAAGAAACAGUCCAAUAUGAGGAGGUAAAAGAACUAAAAGUGGAGGUAGUAGAGGAAACCUCUGAAUCAUCUGUUGUGAUCUCAGUAGAAGAUAGAAAAAGCCCAGAGAAAGAGAUCGACUGCGCUGUUAAACCCGAACGUGAAACUGACCACGAAACAUUUAGUGAUGACGAAAAGAAAGAAGUUGAUGGCAAAGAUAAGCUGAUACGUUCUCGAAUAAGAAAGGGACGCCGGAAAGGCCAGACUAAGCAAGCCAGUCGUCCAACAAAAGAUGCAACUAAGUCGAAGCGGAUACUGUACAAACCUGGGGCCGGACAGAGCAAUUCUAGGCUGUGUCCUAUUUGUGGAGCGGCACGCACCGAUAUGACGGCUCAUCUGCGCUGGCACAACAACGAACGACCGUACCAUUGUCCGUACUGUCCGAAAAUUUUCGUUAACAGUUCCAACCUCAGAAAUCAUGUGAACCUUCACACGCGGCAGAAAAUGUACAAAUGCGACCUAUGCGAUAAGGAGUUUGCCAGCACCACCGGGCGGAAUAAGCAUCGUCUUACACACGCCACUGAGCGGGAGUUCCUGUGUCCGGUUUGUGGACUCUCCUUUAAACACCAGGCUUCGCUGGUACGCCACAAGCUCAUCCACUACGAGGAACCGAAGAUUAAGUGCACGGAUUGUGAUAAAGUAUUUUUGACAAAGACAAGGUUGAAGAAACACUUUUUGGUUCACCUCAAGGAGAAACCGUUCAACUGCGAGGUGUGCAACAAGGCGUUCAAUCGGAAGGACAAUCUGAAGGUGCACAUUAAAACCCAUUCGAAGCAACGAUUCAAGUUCACCGAAUGCUAAUGUUAGCGAUGGCGAAUAAGUGUAUUGAAUAAAAUGUAGUAU